AUAUGAUUAACGUUAAAAAUGUAUACCACCAAUGAUCAAAAAUAAAUAUUUAUGUAUAUAAAUUGAAAAAAAUAUCUGUACGAAUACGCGGAUCAAGAUCUAGUUCAUUCUUAAAUUAAACAAAUCAUAUUUAUAUUACAGAAUGUGGGUACAAGUUGACACAAUUCUCUAUAUAUUAUUUGAAGAGCAUUUUUAUUUUUCAAGUUGUAACAUUUCUAUCAAUAGAUGGCAUUACCACGGUCAUCCUCGUCCUAAAUAAUUUACAACCCUUUGCGUGCGAAAAUUAUGUGUUUUAGUUCUUUUUUACAUUUACUGUAAUUAUUACAACACCAUUGACUUAUAUAACUUCCGUUUGGCAAACCAAGUUUCAAAUAUUAUUUUUUUGACAUCAAAUUUUAAAUCUUUAUUGUUCACCUACGUAUCAAAUACAUAUAGGUCAUAUAGUUGAUAUAAUAUAUUAAAUAUUUACAUACGCAAAUAACUUUGCGUUAUUUCUUGCAAUUCUGUACAUAAAGCUUUUAAGCUUUUAACCUAAUACUAAAAUAGACAUCAAUGGAUAAACAUAUAAGUUCCUCAAAUUAUUUUGGUCAUCAUUUUAUAUGGUGCAGUGUCGUUCAUUGUAAUAGUGGUGGUCUUCCGGAUUUUCCUUCUUUUUUUUCUGGAAUUUGUUACUCUGUUCGUAAUAUUCUUUUUUUUUUUUUUGCUAAAAAUACUCUGUUCGUAAUAUUCACGUAACAAUUAUGUGUUUUAGUUCUUUUUUUUUUGUUAACAUCUGUGUUUCAAAAGUUUAUGAUCAUUUUUACAAACUUUUAACGCAGCAAUAAUAUAUAGGGAAUAAAAUGGGUACAAUUCUUCUUUUUUUUGGAGACUUAUCUAUGUCAUUGAUUAAUUUUUUUUUUUUUUGGAAUUGAUGUCAUUCAUUAAUUUAAAGGAUUUAUAUACCAUAUAUUAGUUGUAUCUACCUUUAAGAUAAAAAACAAUGUUUUAAUAAAUAAUUGGAAACGUAGUAUUCGUUACCUAAAUUGUUGAAUGACAUUUAUAGUUAAUAUUUAUACUGAAUUAUUAGUGAUUGGAAAUAAAAUAUUCGUGGUUUUUUUGCAAGGGCCCAACGUAAGGCAUGUUCAUUUAUUGUAAAUCUUUUAGAUAGUUUGAUUAAAUAAGUUUAUGUAUGUAAUAGUAGCCCAAAUACAUAUACCAGACACCACGAAAAUUGAACUUUAUAGUGUAACAAGAAAUAUAAGACACAUAUUUACUAUUAUAUAACAUAAGUUUUUUACUCUUUAGCUAAGAGGCAAAAUCUUUUUAUGGUGAGUUUUGUUACAUUGGUUGUUCUAUCCGGGUAAUGGUCUAAUUACCCAGACCACCUCAAGUUUGAUAAAACAAUAACCGUUUGUUGUAAAAAAAAGCAUAAGUUUAUGUACAGAUUCCGUGCAAGACGCGGAUCAGUAACUAGUUUUAGUAAUAAAAUAUGAAAUUUAAAAACUUCCAUAAAAAUCAAUCAUAUUUCAUUACGUUUUUCUUUGCCACAGAAUUAAUCAUUACGUUACCAACAUAAAAUUCCUAUAAAUUCCCCUCUCACGUCCCUUCUUCAGCAAUAUCCUUCACCCUCAAGAAACCAACUUUCUCUGAAAAUAAAACACACAAAAAUGGUUUAUAAAACAUCAUGUCUUCUUCUUCCUUUGGCUCUCGUAUUUCUUGAUUUCAUCAUAACCUCAUCAUUAGCCAAACCUAUUCCAACCACAUUCAUCAACGUCUUAACUUACGGAGCUAAACCAGAUGGCUCAACAGACUCAACCAAAGCCUUCUUAGCCGCGUGGCAAGUCGCUUGUGCCUCUGUUAAUCCUACAACUAUUAUCGUACCAAAAGGACGGUUCUUGGUCGGAAACCUUGUAUUCCAAGGCAAGAAAUGUACGGAUACUCCAAUAUCUAUUCGUAUAGCCGGAUCAUUGAUUGCUCCCGAAGAUUAUAGAAUUGUCGCAAGCUCAGAACAGUGGAUCUGGUUCGAGAGUGUCACUGAUGUUUCAAUAUAUGGUGGGAUACUUGACGCGCAAGGUUCUGGUUUGUGGAAUUGCAAGAACAAUGGUGGUAGCAAUUGCCCUACCGGUGCCAAGACUUUGUUGUUUAGUGGGUCGAAUAACAUCAAUAUCAACGGUUUAACGUCGAUAAACAGCCAGAAAUUCCAUAUAGUUAUCAACAGUUGCAAUAACGUGAACAUUGACGGCGUUAAAGUUUCUGCUGAUGCUAAUAGCCCUAACACUGAUGGGAUUCACAUCCAAUCAUCUCACUUAGUUAGUAUCACUAACUCAAGAAUUGGAACCGGCGACGAUUGCAUCUCCAUAGGUCCAGGAUCUACUCAUGUUUCCAUACAAGGCAUCCAAUGCGGUCCAGGCCACGGAAUCAGUAUCGGAAGUCUUGGGAUAGCAGAGGAAGAACAAGGCGUGGAGAAUGUGACAGUGAGUAACGUGGAUUUCACGGCAACUAGUAAUGGAGUUAGGAUCAAGACAUGGGCGAAAAACAGCAAGAGUUUCGCUAGAAACAUCGUUUUUCAGCAUAUUAAUAUGAAGAUGGUCAAGAACCCGAUCAUCAUAGACCAACGCUAUUGUUUUUACAAACCUUGCCCUGAACAGGAGUCUGGAGUUGAAGUAUCAAAUGUGAGAUAUGAAGAUAUACACGGGACAUCGAGUACGGAUGUGGCGGUUAAGUUGGAUUGCAGUAAGGAGAAACCCUGUACCGGUAUUGUAAUGGACAAUGUGAAUCUCGCCUUGCAACUGGUGAACCAACCGGCUCAGGCUUCUUGUAGUAAUGCAAACGGAUUAGCUAAUGAUGUCGUCAUCCCGUUUACUCCUUGUCUGAAAAGAGACAUACUUAUGACAUGAUAUAUAGAUGGAUACCUGAAGUGAUGUUGUCCCGGUCGCUCCUUGUCUAAAGAUGAGUUUAUGCUGAUGAAUUCGUGAACGACGUCGUCUUACUUGCUACUUGUUUGUUUUUAUGUUUUUAUGUUGCUACUUUUUUUUUUUUGUAAAAGCAUUCAUAAAUCACGGCUUUUCUAUGUUGCUACUUGUUUCGGUAUUUGAGGAUUCGUUGUAUCGAAGCUACGGUUUCGACCAUUAAAGUAAUAAUUAUAAUUUUUCGCUCAUAUAUCUAUACUAUUAAACCAGGAUACUAUUGUCCUUUUUACCUUAGUCUGCUAUUUAUUUACUAACAUUGCAUGUUUCAUUAAGGACAAUCAAAUAAUAUUAAUAA